UUCUUUCUUCAACUUUUCCUCCUUGUCUGGGUUUUGGGUUUUGAAAUUAGUGUUUUGGAUGGCACUCUGCUGGUGUUGUCCAUCCCCAUUUUCACUACUCCAAUCCCCAAAAAGCUCUUCAUUUAAAGUACCCUGUAGCCCAAAAAGCCUAAUUCCCACUACAAUCUUCCCCUACAAUUCCUUGAGCUUAUCCUUCCAUUCAAUCUCUAAAACUCAAAAUCCUUGCUUCUCUUCGCUUGUAAGCAUUUGCUGCUCCACAAGCUCUGAGUCUUCCACUGCUUCUGACCAUACUCAUUCGACGAGCGUCUUCAUAAAAGGGCUGCCACAAUCAACAUCUGAAGGGCGUUUAAAGAAGGCAUUUUCACAGUUUGGAGAGGUAAACGAAGUUAAGAUUAAUACAGAUAAAUUUUCUGGACAGUCAUUAGGAUCUGCAUAUGUUGGGUUUGCUAGAGAAGAGUAUGCUCAUUUGGCUGUGAAGGAGAUGAAUGGAAAGUUCUUUGAUGGCAGGUUCAUCUUGGUAAGAAUUGCAAAGCCUAAAUCAUCUUCCAUUAGUCAGAUUAGAACCAGGCAUUACAAGUUUUAGUAUAAGCAUUUUUCGGCCUCCUUCUAGUUAUUAAAUGUCUUCUUGGUUUGGGAGUGUCCUUUUUCAUAUAUUCAGACAUUAUUUUGCACUUAAGAAUUUAAGAAAUUUGAAUUCCUUCAUGAUCAAGGGUUGGA